AUGAGUAUAAAUUUUGUGCUGAGCUUUAUCACUCUGGGAGUUGUCCAUAUCUACUUUGCUGCUACUGUUUCAGCUUAUAAAUCCUCACUUUUAUCAGAACUCUCUGACCCUUCUUCUUGUGAGAACUCAGAGACCUUUACAAGUCUUGCUAUGGUCUACCACGAAGCUGAUAGCUCAGGAUGCAGAGGGGAUCUCUCACAAUGUUCAUGCUACCAACAAGGAAAAUGUUUCCAAGGAACGGAUAAAGACAUAAACACUGUUAAAAAAAUUGAAAAAACCUUUAAGUGUGGCGGGAUCUGUGUUUAUGAUAAUCCUAUUUUCUAUUCUGGAAAGGCUGAUGAUAGCUGCAUUGAUCAAAUUCAUGAUGCUGUCGAAAGUGCUGGAAUUAUCUGCUGCAUUUCUUUAGCUCUUGGAGCAACUUUUUGUUUUCUCUGUGUUUUUUCAGUAUGCUUUAUGGCGUUUUAUAAGAAAAAGCCUCUAUACACUCUUAAGCCACAUCGAAAUAUAAAUGAGUCCUCAAUAUGGGAGCUUAUGCAAAGUCACUUUACAGAUAAAACAAUAGGGACUAUCAACACUCGCCGUCAAUUUAUACAUGAGUCUCCACCUUCUAACCCUAGUCCAAGCCCUAUUGACGUUCCAGACGACGAUAAAACUGAUGAAAAUAUCUUGGAAGAAUAA